AGAUCUGAGUGACUCCAGGGCAGAGAGGCUCACAGAUAUUUGGGACACAGCAGUGCCGAGAACCCAAGGAUCUUCCUCACACCUGCUCUUCUCCCCUUCCAGUUGGGACAUUCUGAUUAGCGACUGUUCCCAGACUAAGGGACACAGGUACUGCUGUCUACAACACCAACCAUGGAGCUUCAUGUGGAACGGCCACUGCUGAACCAGGAGCAACUGGAGCAGCUGGGGCACUGGGGCCCAGCACCUAGGACUCAUCAGUGGCGAACCUGGUUUCAGUGUUCCCGUUCUCGGGCCUAUGGCCUUCUACUCAAAUACUUCCCAGUCUCGGGCUGGUUACCCCACUAUCGUGUGCGUGAGUGGCUCCUGGGUGACUUGUUGUCUGGCCUGAGUGUGGCUAUCAUGCAGCUUCCACAGGGCUUGGCCUAUGCCCUUUUGGCUGGAUUGCCCCCCGUGUUUGGCCUUUACAGCUCCUUCUACCCUGUCUUCAUCUAUUUCCUGUUUGGUACUUCCCGACACAUCUCUGUGGGGACCUUUGCUAUCAUGUCUGUGAUGGUGGGCAGUGUGACAGAAUCCAUGGUACCAGAUGAAGUCGUCCGGCAGAGCACAAACUCCACUAUCAGUGAUGAGCGUGUGCAGCUGGCCUCCACGCUUAGUGUCCUGGUAGGCCUUUUCCAGGUAGCACUGGGCCUGGUGCAGUUUGGCUUCGUAGUCAACUACCUGUCUGAGCCACUGGUGCGCAGCUACACCACAGCUGCGUCUAUCCAGGUGUUUAUCUCACAGCUCAAGUAUGUGUUUGGCCUCCAGCUGAGCAGCAGCCGCUCAGGACCCCUGUCCCUUAUCAUGACUCUGGUGGACGUCUGCCGAAACCUUCCUAAGACAUCAGUUGGCACCCUUGUCACUGCACUUGUGGCCGGGGUGGCACUCAUGAUGGUGAAGAUAUUCAAUGAGAAGCUGCAUCGGUAUCUGCCUCUGCCAGUACCUGGGGAGCUGCUCACGCUCAUUGUAGCCACAGGCAUCUCCUAUGGUGCGAACCUGAACAAGAACUUUAAUGUGGACAUCGUGGGUUCCAUCCCUACAGGGUUGGUUCCCCCCAUGGCACCCAACCCCCAGCUGUUUGCAAAACUGGUGGGAAAUGCCUUCGCCAUUGCCGUGGUUGGGUUCGCCAUUGCCAUCUCACUGGGGAAGAUCUUCGCCCUGAGACAUGGCUACCGGGUGGAUAGCAACCAGGAGCUGGUAGCCCUCGGCCUCAGUAACUUCAUUGGGGGCUUCUUCCAGUGCUUCCCUGUGAGCUGCUCCAUGUCCCGAAGCCUGGUACAGGAGACUACUGGGGGCAACACGCAGGUUGCUGGAGCAGUCUCUUCCAUCUUCAUUCUCAUCAUCAUCCUCAAACUUGGGGAACUCUUCCAACACUUGCCCAAGGCAGUGCUGGCAGCUAUCAUUAUUGUGAACCUGAAAGGCAUGUUGAAGCAAUUCUCUGACAUAUGCUCCCUCUGGAAGACCAAUCGAGUUGAUCUGCUUAUCUGGCUGGUGACCUUUGUGGCCACCAUCCUGUUGAAUCUGGACAUUGGCCUGGCCGUUGCAAUAGCCUUUUCCCUGCUGCUCGUAGUGGUCCGAACACAGCUGCCCCGCUACUCCAUCCUGGGACAGGUGCCAGACACAGACAUUUACCGAGAUGUGGCAGAGUAUUCGGAGGCCAAGGAAGUCCCCGGCGUGAAGGUCUUCCGGUCCUCGGCCACCUUGUACUUUGCCAAUGCUGAGCUCUACAGUGAUGCGCUGAAGCAGAGGUGUGGGGUGGAUGUUGACCAUCUCCUGGCCCAGAAGAAGAAGCGGCUCAGGAAGCAGGAGCGGAAGCUGAAGCGACAGCGGAAAGACAAACAGGCUGCCCCUUCCAGUGGCACUACGGUUUCUGUCAGCGUGGAUGCCAGCCAUGGAGACGUCAAGGGCAGUGGUGCGGAGGACUCCAGGGCCCAGGUGAGCCCAGCGAACGAGCUGGAGGAAGUGGCAGUCAGCAGGCAGGAAGACGCCAAGGCCGCAGCUGCAACCACGCUGAAGGCUCUAGGCCUGCUGCAGCCAGACUUCCACAGUCUCAUCUUGGACCUGGGAGCCCUCUCCUUUGUGGACACCGUGUGCAUCAAGAGCCUGAAGAAUAUUUUCCGGGACUUUCGUGAGAUCGAGGUGGAAGUGUAUAUCGCAGCCUGCCACAGCCCUGUGGUCACCCAGCUUGAGGCCGGGCAAUUCUUUGACGCAUCCAUCACGAAGCAGCAUCUCUUCGUCACUGUCCAUGAUGCCGUGACUUUUGCCCUCCAACACUCAAGGUCUGGCCCCAACAGCCCUGUUUUGGCCACCAAACUCUGACUGCUGCCAGCUGCCCGACCCUGCCCACCUCUGGAGGUUGUGAUGGAGCACCCUCGAGAAGCCCCACCCAGGAGUCCCCUCCACGCACAUACACAUGUAACUCAGGGAUGGAGGUACUGGGACUCCAAGCACAGUGUUAUCAGCCCAGGCAGGGUGCUACAGUCAGGCUGGCCUGGGCUGCGUGCAGGGAAGAGCCAGUGAGUGUUUCAGGCUCAGGAAUAAAGGCGUGUCUGCUCCUUCCAG